AUGAAUCUUCAACAUGUUAACUCAGACUAGGCACCAGAUGAUCAACAUUCUAAUAACAAUGAUGAGUCUUUAAGGAAAAAACAAGAGCAAGAUAAAAAACUCUUUAGAUAGCAAUUACAAAUUUUCAUAGUGGUUUACAUUAACUAUUCAUGCAUUCACAUCUACAGAGAGUUCUGGUCUAUGAGUAAGAAGUCACUGUUAAGUUAAGAUCCAGAGCUAUAAGAAUCAACUCUUGCUAAUUUUGAUACAACCUAUUUAUUUGUAUACUCAGUCUCCACAUUCAUCGGCGGUGUAGUUGGAGAUAUUUAUGAUCUCAGAAAACUGUUGAGUUUUUCAUUGGCAAUGCUAAGUCUCUGCUACUCACUACUUGGAAUAGGGGGCUACAUGAAUAUCAAGUUUGAACUAUAUUACUAUUGCGUGUUUAUCCUUAUUGGAAUAUUUUCAUCACCGUUGUUUCCUUCAAUAAUACAUUUGCUUGGUAAUUGGUUCUCCAAGUAGCAUAGAGGACUAGUACUGGGACUCUGGGCAACUUGUGCUAAUAUAGGGAACAUCAUUGGUAUAUAAUUAGCAGCUUCUUUAAUCAAAAUUUAUAAUAAUCAAUGGGGCUAUCUACUUUUUACCGCAGCCAUGUUAAUCCUCUUUUGCUCGAUGAUGACUAUGAGUCUUGUAAACUCCUUUCCAGAAGAUGCAGGUCUACAUUUAGAAGAAUUAACAGAUGCAGAAAAAUAAGACACUAUCAAAAAUCAAUUGGAACACUUAAGAAGUAGUCAUGUUAAGCAGAAUAGUGAUGAAUUGAACAAAUUUGAAAAUGAAGAUGAGCCUGAUAGCUAACUGUCAACCUAGCUAGACACUUCAUAAAUACAUACUAGAGUAACAUUUUGGAAAGCAUGGCUAAUACCAAGAGUGUUCAUCUAUGCUUCAACUUUAUUUUGCAUUAAAUUGGCUGUAAACUCUAUGCUGCUUUGGCUACCCCUACUAUUAAAGGAAUAUUUGGGCUAUACAGUUCAUUAAAUUGCUAAUCUCUCAUCUUUCUUUGAUACAGGGGCCAUAUUUGGUAGUUUUAUACUCGGUUACAUUUCAGAUAAACUAUAUUCUAAAAGGUCACCUAUUGCUUUUGUAGCUGUUUUGGCAGCUGCCUUUAUUAGUCUAACUAUAUAGACAAAUAUCAAGAUUUUAAGCCAGAUUUAGUUUGCUAGUUUGAUGUUCUUCUUUGGGUUUAUUAUAAGUGGUCUCAAUAAUAUUAUUUCUGCAUCCUGUGCUGCUGAUAUUGGUAAGUAGCAGGCACUUCAGAAUAAUGAGAGAUCAAAUAUGGAUGGGAUGUUUUUAUGA